AUGACUGCGCUGGCAUUGGUGCAGCAGUCGCUGGCCUCCUGUCCAGAUCAGCCAGCCCUACGCUUCCUGACCACAGACAGAACACUGGGGUGCCUGACAUAUCGCCAGGUGUGGCAGCUCAGUGGCCUCAUCGCCGACCGUUUGCAAGGAGGUGUCCUGGGUGUCGCCAUUGAUGAUGGGCCAUACCUGGCCCUUGCAGAGCUCGCAGGAUGGAGAAGGGGCAUGGUGCUGGUGCCACUGGACCCACACGAUCCGGUUUCCCGCCUCAGCCAUGUGGCCAAAGAGUCGCAAGCAACUUGCCUCGUCACGAAAGACUGGGGCGAUGCCAAGAAGCUCGCAGAGGUCGGCCCGGUCUUGGACCUGAGCAAGGAAGUUCCCUUGAGCUCAGAGUUUGGCUCUCUCGAGUCUCAGCCCCUCACGGCCCUGGACCCGACCUCUCCGGCCUACAUGUGGUUCACAAGUGGCUCGACAGGUCAACCGAAAGGAGUUUUGAUCUCUCACCAGGCGUUCUGCAACUGGUGCAAAGUCAAGAAUCCGCCUCAGUCCAUCUGCUCAUCAAGUGUAGUGCUGAUUGCAUCGGCCUCGACCUUCGAUCCAUCUAUCGGAGACAUUUUUGCAACCUGGGCCGUUGGGGGUGCUGUGGCCGUGGCACCCCGUAUGCUGUUCUUUGCAAACCUGGGCUGGGCCAUCGACCGUCUCGAGGUAACACACGUAACCUGCACUCCAUCUCUAUGGCAGUCUCUUGAGAAUGGCAUGGAUUUGCCGAGUCUCACUAGCGUUUGCCUUGGAGGGGAGCGCGCCCCUCAACCUUUGCUCGAUCAGUGGGCACCGGCCCUUCAACUCUUGAACACUUAUGGAACGACAGAGUGCACGGUUUGGCAGACCCUACGCCACAUGCUGCCUGGAGAUCGUGCGACAUUGGUGGGGCGCCCCUAUCCUGGCAAUGAGGUGCGGAUCUUCGAACGUGACGGAUUGGCAUUGCAGAAGGACGAGGAAGUUGGUGAGAUCGUUCAGGGCGGUGUCCAAGUGGGCAUUGGAUACCACAACCGACCGGAACUCACAGCUGCAAAGUUCGUUGAGCUCCCGAACCUGCCGGGCAGAUGGUAUCGAACCGGCGAUGGUGGGCGGCUUUUGGAUGGAGAGCUUGAGGUUAUGGGGAGGUUCGACAACCAAGUCAAAAUUCGUGGAAUGCGCGUCGAGCUUGGUGAAAUUGAGUCGGCGGUCGUGCAGACUUCGUCUGGUAUCAUCGCCAACUGCUCGGUGAAGCUUCGUGACGGCUUCUUGGUGGCCUACUGCCAGGUGUCUGUCGAUGCGGCUGUCAUGUUGCAUGAGCCCUACUGCGUGCUGCCGGUGGUCAGCGACUUCCUUCUCACGCGUUCCAGCACGGAGCUGCCGCGGCACAUGCUUCCGAGUCGAUUCGUGCUGAUGCAGCGACUCCCUCUGACGCAGAAUGGGAAGGUUGACUCAAAAGCCUUGCCGGAGAGCGUGGACGUCUCCUGCACGUCGUCGUCAUCUCUGACAGCUCUCGAGCGCGUGGUGGCCGGCGUGUGGGAGGAAGUGCUGAAGCGGUCGGGAGUCGGGCCGAACGACCACUUCCUCGCACUGGGAGGGCAUUCCAUGUCGGUGCUGCAGGUCUCCCGGCGCCUGGUUGCAUUGGCCACCGCUGCCGGGCAAGAUGCGAGCCCCGCGAGCCCUCUGGGCAUCAUCCUGUCCCCAGAGAAGCUGAUCCACUCGCCCCGGCUACGAAUCUACUGCCAGAUGCUGGCUCGAGGUGGCGUCCGCUUCCCGGGCACGGAUGCUUGUAUGGAGGAGAAGAUCAGCGAGGAGGACGUUGCGGAACUGCGGAUCAAUUACGUGAAGCACAAGGUCCAGCGCGGCGAUCGAGAUCCUGAGCUGGACCAUGGUGCGUGGGAGCAAGUUCCCGAAGACACCGCCGAGCAGCUGCUCUGCCGUGCCGCUGAGGCCGGCCUCGUGCCUCUGGUACGCUUGCUGCUUCGGGAAGGGGCGCCUGUGGAAGGAGGCACAUUACAUGGACACUAUGCCAGACACGGCUCGACGCCCUUGAUUCUGGCUGUGAUGGGGAACCACGUAUGCUGCGCUGAAGAGCUGCUCCAGCACCGCGCACAUCCACAGCAACGGGAUGCCCAUGGCACGCCUACGCUUCUCAAAGCUGCAGAGCGCUGUGGCCAGCGGAUGGUAGAGUUGCUGCUCGAGGUGAUGCUGGAGCUGAUUGGCUGGACCGCUGGAAUCGAACAGCACUUCACUGGGCGGUCUUCCACGGCCAUGUGGAGGUGUGUCAGGUGUUGGUGGAAGCUGGUGCACGAACCUCUGGCACUGUGGGUGAACAUGCUGGUCGAUUCUUCAUUGCUACAGCUGAAGCAGGCUGCAUCCUUCGUGACUCCACGGGCACUCGCCACAGAGCGAUUUCCAGAUGGCGGGCCGAUCCGCGAACUGUUGGACAGCAAGGAGAGGCGAUUGCAGGAAGAGGAGCGAUUGCGUCAAGAGGAGUUGCUGAAGCGGCUGGAAACUUCGGGGAGCAUUUGCGCCGGAAUUGCAGGUGUGAAUGGCCGGUGUCAUGGCGAGAUGCUACUUCUGGAGGCGGACGAUUGUCGACGCACCUACUGGGUGGCCUCGGGCAAGCGUGAGCCCUCGCAGUAUUGGUUCUCGGGGCCUUCCUUAGCGUCACCACGCUGGAACUGUAGUGCUGCUUGUUUGGGUGAUGGGCGGAUUCUGGUGGCGUGGCACCCGGUGAAGCAAACCGCAGAAGCCUGGGUCGUGGACAUCGUGACUGGAGAGGUGUCUUUUGGACCGACGAUGCCACGGGCAGGCUGCGCUGCGGUCGCCUUGCCGCUUCCCAUUCAAGAUGAGGAGCCAGAGCUCGAUGGGGAAGACGAGGACCAGGAAGAGGAGGUUUGGAUGCCCUGGGUCAUGGUCAUCGGUGGCUAUGGCGCAGAUGCUGGACAGAGCACGGAGGUCCUGAGUGUCCAGCAGUACAAGCGGUGGCACCAGCCAGUGACAUCGAAUGAGAAGGAUGAUGACACAGGUGGCGGUGAUCAUUGGGGUGACGAAAAAGAUGCAGAGCAGGAUCAGAACAGGCAGACACGGCCCGGCCCGGACCAAAGCUCCGCUCACGGAGGGCCUGCUGUGCUGCAGCGAUGUAUGGCGAAAGGCACCUCAUCGUUGCUGGUGGGUGGUGCACUCAGACGCGUUGACAAGGGCGUAGGAGUGAUGGGGAGCUUAGGUGUCAACUCCACCGAGAUACUCGAUUUGUUCCAACUCAAGUCAGUUGCCUAUGCUUCCGACUGUCGAAAGGAGUGCAGCCUUCCUGAAGACUGCAGAGCCGACGGAAGUCAGGCCACAGCUUUUGUCGGCAUCACUUUGAUCAAGCUGAAUGCUUACCUUUCCAGGCGGACGAGCUUGAACAGCGAGAACGAAGACGAGGCCAGUAAUGGCAGUGCAGCAGUGAUGGGCACUGAGAUCCGUAUCAAUCAGUAUACAUGGCCACGAAGAGGAGGAAAUGCUUUCCAUCUCAUGGCGAGUCAGCCACUGAUAGCAUGUUGGAGGGCUGCUUGCGGGCACGGAGUAGUUGGACUGUGCUUGGAGCUUUGGUUGUCCGGCAUGGUGGUCGCAGGUUCGCAAGAUCGUAGCCGCAGCCCCCGGAAAGCCGACGACGCGAAGAUCAUCGAUGGGCGCCGCAUUGCUGCAGCCUUGAGUGAAGAUGUGAAGGCGGCUACCACGGAGCUCUAUGCCAAGUACGGCGUGACCCCAGGCCUCGCCAUCAUCGAGGUGGGAAAUCACAGCUUCGGCCAGCUCAUUGAUUGCAUGAGGCCAGAGAAAAUGGACGACCAGAAGAUCAAUUUGUCCAACUUCGCAGAGCUGAAAGCAAAGAUGGCCGAGAGAUGCGGCAUGCAUGCACAGAUCUUGCGUUUCAGCGAGACUGUACAGCAAAGCCGGCUGCUGAAGAUCAUCAGCGACCUGAUGGCGGAUGACAGCAUCCACGGCAUUGUGGUCGAGCUUCCCUUGCCACAACAUUUGAACGAGGUCGCCAUCCUGCAAGCCAUCGGUCCAGCAAAGGAUGUGGACGGCCUGUCCUUCUCCAACAUGGGCCGUGUCCUGGCUGCAGGAGGCUACAAGUUCGGAGCAGAGCCAGAGGCACGACCCACUGUGCCAAUGGGCGUGAUGGAGCUCCUCCUCCGUUCCCAGGUAGAACUCCACUCCAAGCAUGCAGUGGUGCUGGGCCGCUCCAGCACCGUGGGGUCUCCCAUCGCCGCGCUGCUCACCGCCCACGACUGCACUGUCACGACGUGCCACAGUCAAACCGCCAACUUGCAGGAGCACGUCCGGCAAGCGGACAUUUUGAUUUCCUGUGCUGGACGUCCGGGCCUGGUACGAGGCGACUGGAUCAAGCCCGGUGCGGUGGUGAUCGAUGUUGGUAUGAAUGUCGUCCCUGAUGCUCAGAAAGGCCAGCGCAUGGUUGGGGAUGUUUGCUUCCAGGAGGCCUUGCAGAAAGUCUCCAAGAUAACGCCAGUGCCAGGGGGUGUGGGCCAGAUUUCCUUUGCCAUUCUCCUGCGAAAUGUACUGAACUUGGCCCGUCGGGCCAUGAGCCUUACAAGGAUAGGUAUCGGCCCAAGUGGACACGAGAUGUUCAGGUGUGCGGACACAUUGCGGUUUCCGGAUAUUGGAUUGAAGGUUCCCCGAGUGCUUCUGCCACGGAAAGGCCUCGACCUGACCAAGUGGUGCGUUGUCGCAUGCGACCAGUACACGUCCCAGCCGCAGUACUGGAAAGACGUCAAGCAGCUUGUCGGAGACUGUCCGUCCACACUGAACUUGAUAUUUCCGGAGGUGUACCUGGGUGAUGCAAAAUCAAAUCAACAGAUCAUCCGCGGCAUCAGGGACAAAAUGCACGAGUACGACAGAGACCGCAUUCUGGUUCCGCAGCAUCCAGGCUUUGUCCUGCUGGAUCGGAAGACUCCCGUUGUCUCCAGUCGGAAGGGUCUGUUGGUUGCCCUGGAUCUGGAAAUGUACAGCUUCGCGAAGGGCUCCCAAAGCUUGAUUCGUCCCACCGAGAAGACGAUUCCUGAACGGCUCCCACCGCGCAUUGCUAUUCGGGAGCAGUCGCCCCUCGAGCUGCCUCACAUUCUUGUGCUCAUUGACGACCCGAAGAAGACAGUGAUCGAGCCACUGUUCGACCGAUGUGCUGACUUCCCCAAGCUCUACGAUUUCGAGCUGAUGAAAGGCAGCGGACAUCUGAAGGGAUAUCAUGUGGCACAGAGUGACGCUGUGGAAGGGGUGGUGCGGGCACUGCGGGCUUUAGCCAACCGAGAAGCCUUUGUGGAACGCUAUGGUGCCAGCAAAGACCAAGAGGUGAUUCUUUUCCCAGUGGGCGAUGGAAAUCACUCGCUAGCCACAGCUAAGCAGUGCUGGGAGAACCUCAAGAAGAAGGGGGCAGAUCCCGAGGAUCAUCCAGCGCGCCACGCGUUGGUGGAGCUGGUCAACAUCCACGACCCAGGAAUGACUUUUGAGCCCAUCCACCGAUUAGUUUUCAACGUUGAAGUCAAGAAGGCUUUGGCAGACUUCGAGAGGAAACUGCUUGAGCUUGGCUGUGGCCCUGUCCAGAUUUCAGACAGUAUGCGCAAUGCCCCCCAGCAGAAAGGCUCCCAGCACAUCGAGUUCCGGAGCAAGCACAGCAGCGGAGUUCUCACCGUCCUGAACCCCAGCCUUGUGCUUGAGGCGGCCACGCUCACAAGCUGGCUCGACCCUUUCCUGGCCGAAAACCCUAAGGCUUCAGUAGACUACGUGCAUGGCGAGGAGGUGAUUGCAGAAAAGACAGCGGAGGACGGAACUUUGGCUUUCCUUUUGCCUAUCAUGGACAAGAACGACCUGGUGAAGACGGUCGUUAAAGAAGGUGUGCUUCCCCGCAAGACUUUUUCGAUGGGAGCAGCGGAUGAGAAGCGCUUCUACUUCGAAUGCCAACAAAUCGUGCCCGAAUGUAUGUAUUUCAAGUCUGACUUCUUCAGACGCGGGACUGUUACUGUCCCGCUCCACGAUAAGUAG